AUAGUUUCCCUUUUCUCUCUCCACAAAACAACAGGGCAGCAAAGCAAAAGCCAAAGCAGCAAAACAAAGCAAAAAACCAGCAAUGGCGUUGAGACUCCCCACUCAGCUAGCGACACGUGGCACAUUCCACCACCACCAUAACAACAACUCCAAAUCUACAAUGACCGCCGCACUGUCAUGGCGGCGGACGCUGUCGCCGGACACUCCGCUGAUCCAUUCUUCUACCUCUCUCACCACCAAGAAAUCGUACGUGCAACAAAUGGUGACGUGCAGUGCCAGUGGAAGUACUCAGGCGGUGAAUUUGGCUCCGGGGACUCCCGUCCGACCAACUAGCAUAUUAGUGGUUGGUUCCACCGGAACUCUUGGAAGACAAAUCGUGAGACGUGCACUCGAUGAAGGUUACGAUGUUAGGUGCCUUGUUCGGCCACGUCCCGCGCCUGCCGAUUUCCUCCGUGACUGGGGCGCCACCGUUGUCAACGCAGACCUUAGUAAACCAGAGACAAUACCUGCAACAUUGGUUGGUAUCCAUACGAUUAUCGAUUGUGCCACCGGCCGUCCAGAAGAGCCCAUCAAAACGGUAGAUUGGGAAGGAAAAGUUGCUCUUAUACAAUGUGCAAAAGCAAUGGGGAUUCAGAAAUAUGUUUUCUUUUCUAUUCAUAAUUGUGAUAAGCAUCCUGAAGUUCCACUAAUGGAGAUCAAAUAUUGUACCGAAAAGUUCCUUCAGGAUUCUGGCUUACCCCACAUCACGAUCCGGCUAUGCGGUUUCAUGCAAGGGCUUAUUGGCCAAUAUGCAGUACCUAUAUUGGAAGAGAAGUCCGUGUGGGGGACAGAUGCUCCGACAAGAAUCGCUUACAUGGACACACAGGAUAUUGCUAGGUUGACAUUUAUAGCUUUGCGGAACGAGAAGGUUAAUGGAAAGCUUCUCACGUUUGCCGGUCCUCGUGCUUGGACAACUCAAGAGGUGAUAGCAUUAUGCGAGAGACUUGCGGGGCAAGAUGCAAACGUUACCACAGUUCCAGUUACCGUCUUAAGAUUUACACGCCAGUUGACUCGGUUUUUCGAGUGGACAAAUGAUGUUGCUGAUAGAUUGGCAUUUUCAGAGGUUCUUACAAGCGAUACGGUUUUCUCUGCUCCGAUGACAGAGACUUACGAUCUUCUCGGUGUCGAUGCGAAAGAUAUAGUGUCACUGGAAAAGUAUCUUCAAGAUUACUUCACAAACAUUUUGAAGAAACUGAAAGACAUCAAAGCUCAAUCAAAACAAACCGACAUCAUAUUUUGAAAGCAAAAAAAAAAAAAACUACUUGUAAUUAUAGUGUAACUUGUGUUUACAAAAUUUAGACAGCCCUUUUCUUUUAAUCCCUAAGAGGUUCGAUUAUACCCAAAUUAAAAUGGUCAAUGGGCCAGAUCGGUUUUGAAUCCGAGUUAAUAGUUUUAAGUUCGACUUACUUUA